GUUCGGCGCACGGAGCGCGGCCUCGCCGUCAGCCGGGCUGCGCUCAGCACGGAGAUCCACAAGCGGCUGCUCGGCCAGGAUUCACCCUCGGGACGGCGCCGUGCCGUGCUUGUCCGCUGCCCGCCGCAGGGCCACGAGCUGCUGGAGGUGUGGGAUGGCAGCGGGCGCAGCCACAGCGUGGACCUGACAGCGCUGGGGAAGCACGGGGAGGUCUACACAGAGGGGCCCUUUGCCUGCCUGGCCUGGUCCCGUUUGGAGACGCAGCUGCUCUAUGUGGCUGAGAGGAGCCGGCCCACGCUACCUGCAGCCGGCCCCGGGCGUGAGCCAGGGACAGCCAGGCCAGCAGAGGAUGAGGAUGAGGAGGGCGAGCAGUUCGUGUACCACGAGGGCUGGGGAGAGAAGCUGAGCACCCGCAGUGUCCCCGUGCUCUGCGUACUGGAUAUCAAGAGCAGCAGUGUCUCAGUGCUGGAAAGUGUCCCUGAGCACGUGUCCCCUGGCCAGGCAUUGUGGUCCCCAGGUGACACUGGUGUGGUAUUUGUGGGCUGGUGGCACGAGCCCUUCCACCUGGGGCUGAGCGCCUGCUCCAACAGGAGGUCGGGCAUUUUCCACCUGGAGCUGGCCAGCGGGCACUGCGAGCUGCUGUCUGCCCCUAACCGCGCCUCCUUCUCACCCCGGCUGAGCCCGGACGGUCAGCGCCUGCUCUACUUGGAAGGGGCCGUGGGAGGGCCCCACCGGCAGUGUCUGCAGCUGUGCCUGCUCACCUGGCAGACGCGGCAGACGGUGACGGUGCUCGAUGUGGUGCAAGAGCCCACGGGCAGUGAGAGCUCCUUCACUGGAAUCUACACCGAUGCGCUGCCGCCGCAGUGCUGGGCAGCUGACAGCCGGCGGGCACUGCUGUGCACCCCACAGCGGAGCCGCACGGACCUGCUGCUGGUGGACACAGAGACGGCCACCAUCACCAACCUCACUGCUGGGUCACCCGAGGGGUACUGGGAGCUGCUGACCAUCCAGUGGGACCUGCUGGUGGCCACCUGCUCGGCUCCACACCGCCCACCCAGCCUGGUGAUGGCGGAGCUGCCACCGUUGGGCCAGGAGCUGCCCCUGCGUUGGGUGCCGGUGGAGGACACCCCACCAGUUCCUGGCAUCACCUGGAAAACGCUGACAGUCCAGCAGAACUCUGCUCCUCACAGUCCCCAGACCUUCGAGGCCCUGCUGCUGAGCCCAACAGGUGGCACCACUCCGUAUCCCCUCAUUGUGUGUCCCCAUGGUGGCCCCCACGCCGUCUUUGAUGCCCGCUGGCGCCCAAGCAUGGCUGCACUGUGCCGGCUGGGCUUCGCCGUGCUGCUGGUGAAUUACCGUGGCUCACUGGGCUUUGGGCAGGCAAGCAUUGAAUGCCUGCAGUCUCGUGUGGGUGAGCAGGACGUGGCUGACACAGAGCUGGCAGUGGAGCAGGCGCUGCGCUUUGAGCCUCUCGACCCACACCGCGUGGCACUGCUGGCCGGCUCCCACGGAGCCUUCAUUGCCCUCCACCUCCUCACCCGCCAGCCCAAGCGCUACCGGGCGUGCGCCCUGCGCAACCCUGUCUCCAACCUUCCUGCACUGCUGGGCACAUCUGACAUCCCUGACUGGCGCUACACAUCCCUGGGGCUGCCCUACUCCUUCCAGCGGGUGCCCAGCGUGGAGGACCUGGUUGUCAUGCUGCAGCGCUCACCCAUCAUCCAGGCAGCCCAGGUGCGGGCACCAGUGCUGCUAUGUGUGGGUGCCCGGGACUGGCGUGUCAGCCCCACGCAGGCGCUGGAGCUGUACCGAGUGCUGCGGGCCUGCGGGGUGCCAACCCGGCUGUUGUGGUACCCUGAUGGCGGCCAUGCACUGACUGGCGUGGAGACGGAAGCCGAUGUUUUUGGGAACUGCGCCCGCUGGCUCCUCCAGCACUUGGGGCCGCUCCCAGUGGAACAGCACAGCCCCUAAAGCUCACGGUGGCCCCACGGCUGUGCUGGCCUCAGGGUGACCACAGAUCCUGGAGAUGGUCAGAACUGAAGGAGGAUGAAUUGAGCACAGCAAAGGUGCAGGAUGGGGAUGGAGAUUUGGAUUUGGCUCUAAAUAAAUGUGUGAUGUCCCCCGUAUCUUGGCCACACUGAGAUGCACACACA